GCUCGUUUGACAUUUUCGGCAAGCAACCAGCAACAACAGCCGUCGCAAUGGGUGCAAAACGGACAAAAGACAAGAAGAAGGUUGAAAAGCCGAGCUUCGACAAGACGGCACUUGCUCAGCUGACAAGCCAAAUCGACAAGUCCCUCGCCGAUUCCGAGAAGGAGCGCCCGCCGAAGCGAAAGAGACAGCGCGAAGCCGACGAGGGGCACGAACCCAAGAAGCGCCAAACCCGUCCUUCCGAUUCCAAGCCACAGGGGGAUCUCGGUAGUGGGAAGAAAAACAAGCAGACAAAUGCCCUUCUGGACGAGAUUUUGGCGUUAGGAGGGAAUGAAGACGACCUGGAGCUAGUCGCCAAUGUUGAUUCUGGCGAUGAAGGCGGCGAAGCCCCUCGCCCUAAGGUUUCGUCGGAACCGGUUGUCGACAGGUCGCUGAGAGAUGAGCUUGCCCAAUUUGCAUCCAGCCUUGGCUUCAGCAAGUUCCAGGAAACUGAGGACCCGGCGACGGAUGAAGAAUCAGAAGCUUCUGAAGAGUCAGAUGCCGCGGAGGAGGAGGCCAGCAGCGAGAGUGAGGAGGAGGUCGUGGAGAAGGAGAUCAGCAAACCCGUAGCGCAGCCGCAAGAAGUCCGGCAAGGGAAGCAGUCCGGGAAGUUGAUAUUCGAACCUCGCUCUGAUUGGCAUGGUCUCUCUCUCGACGGCCUGUCUUCGGGUGGGCCAAGCGAUAGCAAACCACAUCCGGCUUCCAUUUCGAACCUGAAGGCAUACGCGGAGAAGUUGUUGGAGGAAGACUCCUCCAGUUAUCACGCGAAGCGAGCAUCCAGCUCGACGCAAAAGUUUAUGUCCACCAUCAUGUCGUCCGGAACCCUGUCGGAUAAGGUCUCUGCCUUAACCCUUUCAAUCCAGGAGUCACCCCUCCACAACCGAAAGGGAUUUGAGAGCUUGGUCACUUUGGCGGGAAAAAGAAGCCGUGGUCAAGCAAUUGCCGCUCUGGGGGCCCUCGUCGACUUGUUGGGGAACGGGACGGUGCUUCCCAGUGACCGCCGUCUCCAUUCUUUCAACGCCCAACCUGCGUUAAUUGGGGCUGUCAACGAGAAACCCGGUCCGCCUUGGACAGAAGGAUACAAACUUCCAGGAAAGUUGACGGCCCCGCACCUGAUGAUGUGGGCGUACGAGGACUGGCUUAAAGGUGCCUACUUCCGUAUCAUUCAGCUGUUGGAGAACUGGUGCGCCGACGAAAUCGAGUACUCGAGGUCGCGAGCACUUGAUUUCGUAUUCGGCUUACUCAAGAACAAGCCAGAACAAGAGGCCAACUUGCUGCGGCUUCUGGUGAACAAGCUCGGCGAUCGGGAACGGAAAAUUGCUUCACGGGCCUCGUAUCUCAUCCUACAACUCCUCAACAUCCACCCAGGGAUGAAGGCGAUUGUCAUUAGCACCGUGGAACAGGAGCUUUUGCUGAAGCCCGGGCAGAGCUUACGCACGAAAUAUACCGCCGUCAACACCCUCAACCAAACAAUCCUGAACACCAAGGAACCGGCCGUUGCCGACACGCUCCUGCGCAUCUACUUUGAGAUGUUCCUCUCUCUCUUGAAGACCGGGUCCUUGGGUGACAUCGAGGCCCACGAGGGGGACAAAACAAAGGGCCGCCCCCGGAAAAAGUCGAAGAAAAAGGGGGCGUCUAGUCCGGCAGCUCCGGUGAAUGAGCAGGAAACGGCGCAGAAGCUUGUCUCAUCUCUGUUGACCGGUGUCAACCGUGCGAUCCCUUUCGCUACUGCCGAGGAUUCGACGUUGGAGAAGCACCUUGACACGCUGUUCAGGAUCACGCAUUCGUCUAAUUUCAACACCAGCGUGCAAGCGUUGAUGCUCAUCCAGCAGCUCGCUACUUCAAAGCAGCUCGCCGUCGACAGGUUUUACCGGACCCUGUACGAGUCACUCCUGGACCCCAGACUCGUCACAUCGUCAAAACACGCGCUGUAUCUCAACCUUCUGUUCCGGGCCCUGAAGAAUGACGUCGACGUCCGUCGGGUCAAGGCGUUUGUGAAGAGGCUGAUCCAGGUGCUGAGCCUGCACCAGCCGUCAUUUGCGUGCGGCAUCCUAUUUCUCAUCUUCGAAUUGCGGACAACGUUCCCCGACCUGCACACCCUGUUGGAUGAACCAGAAGAUAACGAAGACGACGGCGAAGAGGUUUACCACGACGUUCGAGAGGACACUCCAGAGGUGGAGGCUGCCUCACAGGCACCCCCUGAAUCGGGCACUCAGAGCACGGCGGUGUAUGACGGCCGAAAGCGGAAUCCCGAGCACAGCAACGCGCAUCGGAGUUGCCUCUGGGAAUUGAUACCCUUCCUUCACCACUUCCAUCCUUCGGUAAGCGUGUUUGCCGACAACUUAAUCACUCGACAAAAGGCGCUGCCUCGGCCAGACCUGGCCAACCACACCCUGAUGCACUUCCUCGAUAAGUUUGUCUACCGCAACCCCAAGGCAGAGGAAUCCAAGCGCGGGGGUUCGAUCAUGCAGCCGAUUCUCGCUUCUGGCGGCGCGUCGCACAUUGUGGCAUCAAGCAAAGCCAACGCCAGACAGCAACCGGUCGUCAACUCUUCGUCCUUCUGGAAUCUCAAACUCGACCAGGUUUCUGCCGAAGACGUGUUCUUCCACGAGUACUUUGCCCGCGUCAACAAGCCGAGGGAGGCUUCCCGCAUCAAGAAGGCGGCGGACGGCCAGGCUGUGUCGGACGAGGAAGGCGAGGGAGAAGAGGAGAUUUGGGAUGCGCUUGUCAACUCUCGGCCGGACAUCGAGGGUGCGGAGGGCGAAGAGGAAUCCGACGUGGACCUGGCGGAAUACGAUUACUCGGACAACGACAUGGAUGUCGAUGGUCUUGACGCUGAGGACAAGAUGUCAGACUCGGAGGGCGAAGAUGGGUUCGAGGGCAUCUUUGACGAUUCCGACAUGAGCGACGAAGCCGGCGCGAGCGAGGAAGAGGAAGCUGGGUCUGGGGACGAGGUGGAGGAAGAAGAAGCCGCGGUUGAGCCUUCUAGGCCAGGCCGCAAGGGUAGGCUCAACCGGAAGGAGAUGAAGAGCCUGCCUACAUUCGCAUCGGCCGAGGACUACGCGGAAAUGCUGGCUGGAGAAGAUGAUCUAGAUGGUUAAAGGACCCAUCAAGUAGCGGGGUCUUAUAUAUCAAAGCAUCGUCGCCCAUUCGGCUAUCCAUGACCAAGACAGCCCCUACCUCCCCUAAGUAUCAAACCACUUCAACUCAUCAUCCCUCAAGAAAACCGCCCGGAACGUA